GUAAAACCGCAAGGAAAUUACAAUAUGGCGACCAUUGUUUACUUCGGUUACACAGCUGACUGUUUCGUGUAAACUCUUGUAUCAGGGUUUGCAUGCUAGUGUUGAUUCAAUCUACAUUCAAGGAUAUAAUGGUGAUAUUUGUAAGAUCAGCCACUGAUGAGACAAAACAAUCCCUUUUAACUGAAAGAAUGCCGCCGACAAGCAGAAAUAUGUUUAGAAAGGUUCUGGCAACGAUUGAGAUUUUGGUUCGUCUGGCAUUGAUGAUCAUAGCUCGCUUUUGGAAAAUGUGCACAACAGGACUACUUAUCGGUACAUUAUUGUUUUGGACUGAAGGAGGUUCAUAUGCAUUUUGCUUUUUUGUCCUUGGAGUUUUUGGCUUGAUGUAUCACGCCCAAGAUAUGCUCUUGUAUCAUCCGGACUCUCCCCCUGAUUCCAGAAUCAUGGUAAUCACUCCAGAUGCUUUUCAAAUGCCAUUUGAAAAUCAUUUUAUAAGAACAAAGGAUGGUACACGAAUAAAUGUUGUUCUAAUCAAACAGAUGCAUAGAUCAGCCUUAACAGUUGUUUUCUUCCAUGGUAAUGCAGGAAAUAUAGGACACAGGUUUGAAUUUUUUGUUUUCAAUUUCACCAGUCACUGAGUCAUUUGAAUUUGAGUCAGUGGAAUAGAUAAGUAGGCGUAAUUUACUUUGUAUUUGAGAUUAGGUGAUAUUAAAAUAUUUGGGUCAAGUAUCACUUGAACACAUUGUGAUUGUUUUUUUUAUAACAUGUUCAGUAGGGCAUAUCUGGGUAUCUUUUAAAAAUGUUAUUAAGUUAUUACAUAUGAUUAUGAUAUAAGUAAGCUAACAAUAUACUUGCUAAUGCUAUGGGGAGAAUAGAUACUGCUUAACUUUUACUGUUAUUACUGUACUAGUAUUAUUUCAUUUUCUCUUUAUUCUCAGGCUUCAAAAUGCACUUGGAAUUUAUUCUGUUUUGAAUGCUAAUAUCUUGAUGGUGGAAUAUAGAGGUUAUGGGAAGAGUGAGGGUAACAUAAGUGAAUCAGGUAGAGUGCAUACAUUAAAUGAUAAAGCUGGUAAUUAUGAUACUGCAGCUCUUUUAAUCUUUAGCUUAUCAGAGAUUUGCAAUCUUUUUGUAUUAUUGAUAUUGUAUUUUAAGAUAUUCUUGUGUUUUGUAUUGUUUUGUUCGCAUUCAGCUGAAAUGUUUGUUUUAUUGCCUUUUUUUUUUAUAUUAUUCAAGCUUCAACUUACCUUGUUUUUAAGAUUUCUUUCAAAUGGUUUGAAUGCAGUUUCUACUGUAUUUUCUUCUUAAAAAGAAAGAUUACAUGCAUGUGAUACAGCCAUGGCUUGAAAAUUUAAUCUGUGUACAAUCCAUUAAACCAAUACUGGUACUUAUAAAUUUAAUAACUUGGACAUUUGUAUAAUUUUAACUUGAUUAUUCCAGUGCAUUAAUAAUUUUGCAACUUUGUCUAGAGUUGUUAUGGAAAACCGAUUGUUUAAAUAUUGCUUUGUCACAUUGUUUCUGCUGUUUGUUUAAGGUCUAUACCAAGAUGCUGAAGCUGCCAUGGAUUUUCUACUGAAGCGUCCAGAUAUUGACCCAACUCAGAUCGUUGUGUUUGGGAGAUCUCUGGGUGGCUCUGUUGCAAUAUAUCUGGCAUCUUCCCAGUUCUAUGGGCCCAAAAUAGCUGCUGUCAUUUUGGAGAACACAUUCACAUCUAUUUACGACAUGAGCCUCAAGAUCCUUAGGCUAGCUUGUAUAAAGUAUAUACCUGGGUGGUGCUACAAAAAUAAAGUAAGUUGUUUCUACAAUUUUUUCCUUUAAAGUUUCCAACUGGUCAGCAUAGAGUAGGAAUGAGUUUUUGGUGUCAUAUUGUUAGGGUUGAAGAGCUAAACUUUGAUCAAAAGUGAGAAAAAGGUGAGAACUUUCUAUCCACUUAGCACAUCUGGUACACUGGUAAACAAAACAACUCUUUUACCUGCACCUAUUUAUCCCAGCUGAUAAUUUACACAUAAUAUAAUAUGAUAUGGGUAUUUGAUUUGAUUUUGCCUGGGGUCAAUUUUGCUGCAUUAGUAUAAAAAGACCAAGUCACAAUCCAUUCAUUCAAUUUCCCAACUGUAAUUAUUUCUAUUUCAGUUCCCAUCAGUUCAGAGAAUAGAAUUGAUCUCUACCCCAAUUUUGUUCCUCAGUGGGACCAUGGAUGAAUUAGUACCUGCCAAGAUGAUGAAGGAGCUAUACAGUGUGAGUUUAAUUUUUAUUUAUUAGGGGCUAUUUGUAAUUUUUAAAAAUAUUUAUAUUGAGUAGAAUCAUAAAAUUUAGCAUGAAAAUUAUAUAAUAAAAAUAAGAGAUGCAUCGUUCCCUUAAAAUUAAUAACAGUAAGCACACAAUUUUACACAUUUGAACAAUUUACAUGCCUAGGUUUUUUGUUUUUAAAAAACAUGCCUAGGUUUGAGUUCAUUUAGUUUGCUUAGUAGUGAUAUCUUAGAGUUUUUUUUAAAAAUAUAAAUGAUUUCAUGAUUUGAUUCACUGACAACCAAUUAUGAAAGCACAAGGUGUAAAAUCUUUUUGUUGGUGCAAUUUGAUUAUUUUUUUUACAUUUGCUGACAUUUUAUAAGUCGUGUUCAUGACUAUGUCCAUCUUAAUCUAAGAGACUGUCAGAGAUGUUACUGGCCUUUCCAUGCAAAAAAAAAAAAAACGGGGGGGGCGCAUUCAGGGGGUAGCCAUGUAAACUAACCCUUAUCAAAACAUCUGAAGCCAAUCUACUAACUAGAGCAGUGGCUCUCAACCUUUUUAGUGCCGCGACCCUUUUAUACAGUUACUGGUGUCGUGCCGACCCCCAGCUAUACACUUAUUUUCGUUGCUACUUCAUAGCUGUAAGGAUAUGUGUUUUCAGAUGGUCUUAGGCGACCCCUGGGAAAGGGUCCCGCGACCCCCAAAGGGUUGAGAACCGCUGAACUAGAGGCUUUUUUUUUUCCUACUAUGAAACUAAAUCAAGUUUUUAACAGAUACGUAACUUUAUCAUUCAAAAAAACAUCCUAGCUGACAAAAAAACUAUUAAUGGUAAUAAGAACUGUAAGCACCAAUUCUUGUUUCAGAGGUCAAAGAGCAAUCUGAAAAGGCUUGAGUGUUUUGCCAAUGGAACACAUAACGACACCUGGAUGUGCCCUGGCUACUACGAGGCUUGGAUGAGGUUCAUCCCUGAGGUCAGCCUACCUAAAUUAAAUUAAGAGUCCAGGGUGGUGAAUGAUCAGUGAGAUGUGUGUCAUAAUAGUUGUUUUGCCUCACAUGCUAACUCCAUUUCACAUUUAAAGAGGAUUAUCUUUAAAUAAGCUUAAUCCACAAGUUUUAUAAAUCUAUGCAUAUUAAUUAUCAAACUGAGCAAAAAUGAUUAUCUGGCUCCCUGUAGGCCCAAGAUCUGGGUGCAAUACAAUACAACAACCGUUUACAAUACAAUGAUGUUAAUUUCAGUAAGAGCAAAAAUCAUGUUACAAUGUGUUUUUAUUGCUUGUCAUUUUUUUUUUUUUGUAUAAUGUAUUCUAAAUUAGUUUUUUCAAUGGAUGAUGUCAUCAAAAUCUUGAAAUUUCUGCUGUUUAUUUCUUUUUUUUCAUUUACCUCUACAUGUACUUGUAUUUUUAUAGUUAUUGAGUUUUUAUCUCUGGUUUUUCUUCUUCUUCUUCUUUAUUUUAAGGGCCCACGAUCAAUGAAUUGAUCAUUCUGGCUCCUAUGUUUCAGAGGGGUUUGCGAUGUUACUGUCCAUGGGUUUCAAUGGGAUACUUCACUGGUUGCAAGGUGGAGGCAAUAGACACAAAUGUCUCGAGUGUAGCCGCCUCAACUGUUGCUUUUGGAAGCUUGUUCCAGUCCCCUAUUGUCUUCGGCAGGAAUGAGGAGCUUCUGUACUUUGUUCUUGUUUUUACCAGCCGGAACUGUUUGUCGUGACUUCGUCGCAGUCUGGGGGGAAGAUGAACGAGUUUCUGUUUGAUUCCGAUUUUUUUUCAUCAUAAUUGUUGAUGGUCUCUUUAUCUCUCUUGAAAUGUCAUUCUCAUCAUGAAAUUUAAGAAGCAUAUUUGUCACCAGCUUUAUUGAAUAGCACUCAAGCAGUUUAUUUCAUUAACUCAGCAAUUGUCCAUAACCGUCCCUGAUAGUUCAUUUCUGGAGACACUGUUUUACCCUAUGUUUUAUAUCUCCCAGGCCUUACGACAUCAGCCACAGUUGACAAGAGAGCUGGACAAAGAAUAUACACUGGGCUCCGUUGUUUCCAUAUAGCCUGACCCAGUCAAAGUCCAGCAGGAGCGAGCAAGAGUCAAAAUGGGAUGAAAGCUACUCAGACUUUACAUGCUGGUGCCUUAUUAUUUUUGUAUACUGCAUCAAAAUGACUUAUGGACCAGGAUUUGACUUGUAUCACAACCGGAACUUGAAAUUUGUUAAACAUUUAGGAACAAGUUUCUUUUUUAAAUGUUAGAAUUGUAAUAUACCAAUCAAACCUGUGCUUGGAAGUCUAGCAAUAAUGAGAUGCAAGCUGGCAUGCUUAUCUUACCUUUUUAUAAGAGUAUUGGUCUUACCUUUGUCACUGAUGAAUUUUUUUUUUUUUUUUUAAGGCAUUAAAAUUCUGCUUUCAUUUUGUUGUUUUUUUAUACCAGUUAAAUACACUCUGGGAUGUCCCUUUGCAGUUUAUUUUUGUCCCCCCUAAGAAUAAAAAUCCCAUCCAUGGCAACUGCAUGAGGUGGAGUUACAUACCCGGAGCACUAAUUAGUAGAGUGGGGCGCUUGACUUUAUCAUGUGAUAGCAUCUCAUACAACGCAGUUUGAGAUGCACUUUGAUGUACAGUGGAUCAAGGCCGAAAUAAAAAGAAAAUUACUCAUGCUUCUGACCUUAAACAAAUUUGUCAAGGCCCUAAUACAAAAAGCCACUCAUACAACUGUAUCAAGACCCCAAUAUAACAGUGGUUAGAUGCAAGUUUGAGCAUCUUAUGAAAUUAGUUCCCCAAUUUUAUGCCAGGAGAUGCAUCCUAGAUUGAAGAUGGCUAUUGUAUUUACAAUGUUAAGCUUAGCUUAUUUGAACUUUUUAUUGCACAUUCCAAUGUCAGGUAUGCUUUUAAAAUAAAUAAAAUAUUUAAAAAUCUGCAAACAAGCAUAAAUGUCUGAAUUUGAAUUACUUUAUUUUUUUUAUAAUUGCAUAAAAAAACCUUUGUUGGCAAAAUAAUCUCCAACCCUUCGUAGAGGGCCAACCUUUUAUUUUGAUUCGUUUAAUUGUCCUGUCUUUACUUUUCUGAUCAAGUCUAAACACAUCUUUUCCCACUAUUUAUUUACUUUUUGUUAGGGCACUAUUUUUUAACAGUUAAUAAUAUGAACACGCAGGGCACUAGUUUUAACAGCUAUUAAUAUGAACACGUAGGGGCACUAGUUUUAACAUUUAUUAUAAUACUAUUACCACUCUUAAUUUCAUAUGCUAUUGGUGAGAACUUUAUUUUAGGAAAGGGUGCAAACAUAUUGUGGUCUUAAAAAAUGUGUAUCUUGAGGGCUAUAGAUUGCUGUAGGCUUCAUAUGAACCAUAUGUCAGUUUUAAUAAAAUAAUCUGACAUAUUUAUGAAUAUGUUGGUUUUUUUUUUUAAAGUAAUAUGUUGAUUACAUUUUAUUGACCAAUGUAUGUGACAUUUUGACAGCAUGAUGUGCAAUUCUUUAAUUCUGAUUACUUAUUACUCGUAAACCCGUCGGGUAUUUAAUUGAAGGUUUUGUAAAUAAUUGCGAUAUAACUGAUUUAGAUUUUUAUUUUGCUAAGUAAUAUUAAACAUUUAUCAAACGCACUCUUAUGGUUUGUAUGAUUGUAUGCGCACUUGCAAAGUAUAAGAGCCUAGAAAGUACACCGCUUAUCAAUACAUUUACUUUAACAAACACUGAUUUUUCAUUUUAAGAAUGUCAUUCAAACUGUUCAGCAUUGUACUGGCCAACCAUAAGAAGUAAACCUAUUUGCAAUACAUUAAAGUGUCUAUGGAGUGUUAAAGAAAUUUGUAUUUUAUUUAUCCCAAUUGUAUCUCAUUAUUUUAAAUGGGUAUUGAUGCUGCAUUGGCUAACUAAGAGAGGAGAGGUAGUGCUUGCACCCACCUGGGGGGGGGGGGAAGGUGUUCGGUUGAGGGUUUUUUUAAGGAUGUAUAGUAGAACCCUUAGGAUGUGUGUUAUAAGAUCUGCCUGGUGGUUUUUUCUUUAGGGCUCCUCCAACCUCGGCCAAUCACAAUUUAUGGCUAUGUUUUCAAUGACACAUUUCAUCAGCUGGUCCAUCAAUAUCUUAAUAUUUCAUCCACAUGGAAACACUAAUUGUUCCAUUGUGAUUUUUAUACUACACUUUAACUUUUUUAUUAUUUCAAUUCAAAAUGAGUUCAAAACAACAAAAAAUGGAUGAACAUGUCCAUUCCAUAGAGUUGCAACAAGGAAAUAGUCAAAUAUUUUUAAUAAACUAAAUAGCUAAAUCUUGAAAACAAAUAUAAUUAAUUAUAAUUGUUUUUAAGAUUUAGCCAUUUUGGUAAUUAAAAGUAUUUGAAUAAUAAAUUUAUAAGAAAAAUAAAUGAGAACUUUGUUAAUUACAAUUACAGUGAUUUUCUGUUUUGCUGACCUCAUUAAUUUACUUGGUUCCUAUGUCGUGCCACCACAGUUACAUAAAUAAUUUCCCAGCAUGUAUCCCAGUCUAACUGCGGCACAUACAAUUAAUGCAAUCAUGCACAUAAAAUUAUCUUAUGUUGUGACAAUUAAGUACUUAGAUUGCUUUAUUUUUCAUUUGGGUUGCAAUUUUCGCUAUAUACUUUUUUUUAAAACAUUUAUAUUAUAUUGAACAAAAGUUUUAUUGAAAUGCAAUGUAAUUAUUGUUAAAAUUAAGCAUCUAAUUAUGUUAAAUUUUUAUUCCAGGUUUCCAUGUGGGGGAAAUAAAAACAAUUUAUCUUCCUCAUUUCUGUUUUGAUGUUUAUUUUAAUAAUUUUUUUUUAAAACCAUGGACCCUACCUGCUUCAUUCUGUGACUAAUUAUAAGAGUGUUGAACUGCAAUAAAGCUUUAAAAUAUAUUAAUUAGACACGAACCAUUUGCGUCAAUAUAACAAUAUAUGUAAAAUUAUUAUUAAAGCUUAACAUAUAGGCCUAUUGUUAUAUUGACACAGAUUGUUGGUGUCUAAUUAAUUCAAGUUACUAAGUAUGUACAUUAGGAGAUGACGUCAGCGAGCUGUCGAGCCUUAACCGUUAAUGCCCUGCAAACCAAAAGAUUUUUUUUUUAAAUGGAAAACAUAACUUGUAAAAGAAAGGAAUUCUAAUUUUCUAUGGUUGGUGGGUAAAUUUUGGUAGGAAAUCGACAAAGAUAUUCUCAAAAAGGAAUUUCUAAAUUUUAUUUAAAGUUUGAGCAGGCGACAUAAAUUCUUAAAAUUAAUUUAAAAAAUUUUACUAGAAAAUUCAUUUUCUGUUAUGGGUUGAACGGAAACUUUUUCAUCUACUUAGGGUGGAAGUGUAAUUCUCUCAAGAGUUUAUGUUGCAAAGUACUUUUAAGAGUCUUUAAGACAUGAAUCCAGACAGACAUAUACGUAACAUAGAGUCUUGUGGCAUAUGAGACUUCCUGAUUGUGCUGUGAUGUAUCAAACUGCUUUCUUGUUUCAUUUGGUAGAUGUUUUUUUUUAAGACGGAUACCCUUGUUGAGGUUUGCUUAUUUAUAUAUACAAUACUUUAAAUCUGUUUGUUUACAUUUUAGCCCAAAUGUGUACAUGUCAGUAUUUUUAGUAACAUACUUUUUUUCUUCAAAUUCCC